UUUUGUUUCCUUUUCCAUUUUCUCAGAUGCAUUUCGGCAAGCGUCUUGCUGCUUCCGCCGUGCCGCAAUGGUCGCGAUUCUACCUCAACUUCCGACGCCUGAAGCGCCUGGUGACGCGUGCGGAGACUGCUCGUGUGGCUGCUGAGGCUGCGGGCGAGGCGCCGUUGGACGGGCACAGCGUUGCUGCACAGGCCGCGCUCGCUGCUGCUGCGGCUGCGUUCGUUGCUGCUGGCCAGGCUGCGCACGAGCGGCACCAGGACGACCCUGCUGCACACGACCGCCAUCCGAUGACUGCAGACGCCGCGGGUGACUCGUCCGCAGCGACGACGACGACCGGCGCAGUCACUUCGCUGAAUGACAUUGUCACGCAGUUCUUCUUUACGCUCGACCGCGAGCUCGAGAUGGUCAACUACUUUUACGAUCUCAAGAUUGCCAAGUUCACCAUGGCCACGAGUGUGCUGUGCAUCAAGGCAGAUGUCGCAGUCACUGCGCUGGCAAACCAGCAACCAGCCCCGAAUGUCGAGCUGAUUGAAACGGCACUCCGCGAUCUCCACACGUCGCUCAACAAGCUCCGAGAGUUUAUUUCGCUCAAUCGCACUGGGUUUGAAAAGAUUCUGAAAAAGUUUGAUCGUCGGGUGCAUCGCGCUGCCAGCGACUCGUACCUCAAGACCAAGGUCUAUCCAGCGAAAUUCCUGUCCGACACGUCGCUCGCCUUGCUCCGCACCAAGGUGUCGGAAAGCCUGCGCGCUGUGGUCCAGGCUCGCUCCAGGUUUGUGGACGGGCUGAGCUCCCUUCCCACAAAUGUCGCAGAUGCCGUCCCGAAUUAUGCACACUGCCGUCAGCCUUGACCGAGCUCACAAGCUUGCCACGUUGAUUUCUGCCACCUUCCCGAGCCUUUCCGGAACCUCCGCCGUGGCCGAUGCUCUGCGCGAGCUCUCAGUCGACGAGCUGACGCCUUCGAACAGCAGCAUGUCUGCAGGGUCGUCGUUCUCGUCGGCGUCUCCCGAUGUGGUUGGCCAUGCAGGCACGCACACCCUUGCAAGCACCAUUGAGCGUCUGCGUCAUGCUGCGCUUGAACCCGGGACCAGCGUUGGCAAGGUGUCGGCGAAUGUGCCGGCAGCGGCAGCGGCACCUGCACCGUCCGCGCCGACUAACGCUGCGGUCGUUACGCCGCCAACCAUGCUCGGACCUGAAGUCAUGUUUGUGCUGGCGCCCGUGUUCAUUGCUGCUUGCAAACGUGGUGCUGUCAAGUGCGUGCAUGUGCUUCUGAGCUUUGGUGUCAAUGUCAACACCCAGAGCGACGCGGACGAUCAGAGCGGUCUGUUUGCAGCGACGGCUGGAGGCCACCGUGCGUGCAUGAGCUUGCUGUUAUCUCGCGGGGCCAAUCCCAACCUGGUUGAUCAUGAGAGCCGCAUGGCCCUUCAUGCAGCGGUGCUUCGUGGCGACAAAGAAGCGGUGGCCUUGCUGCUUGCGGCUGGGGCCGACGUUGCUGCCCGCGAUCAUGACGGUCACUCGAUGCUCUUCUUUGCUGUGAGCACUGGCAAUGCUGAUAUCGUCCAGCAACUGAUUGAUGCGGGUGCUCCCACGAACACAUCCGCAGUCCCGGCAUCGCCCCUUUCUGGUCGGCUCUACGACCAGCCCCCCCUCCUGCUGUCCUGUCGCUUUGGCUUCUUUGACGUGGCCAACCGGCUGAUUUGCGCCGGUGCAGAUCCCAACGCGACAGACGAGGCCGGCGAGACUGCUUUGCAUGCCGCCUGCAGCGAAAAUGCCGUCGAGUGCGUCGAGCUCCUGCUGAAGCACCAAGCGCAGGUCGACGUGCGCGACGUGUACUCUUCUCGCACGCCCCUCUUUGAUGCGGCCAUUGGCGGCCACCUGUCCUGCGUCGAAAAGCUGCUCGCCGCUGGUGCGAAGGCCCUCGUGCGUGAUGUUGACGGGUGGCGCCCUUUGGUGCAUGCCAUGCUUCGCGGUCACAUGUUUGUUGUCGCCGUCUUGCGCGAGCACGAGAGGGCCGAGCAGAAGGCCAACCCCACCGAGCUUCGUGCGCCGAAGCCAGCCAACCCGUCAUUUGUGGCUCCGCGCCGAGCCGGACAGCUCCAUCCCCACAUUCAAGCUUCAGACAAGGCUCCUGCGCCGUCAGCAGUCCCCAAGCCACCCUCACCGUCCAUUGUCGAUGGCGAGGUGACUGAGAAGAUUUCCAACGCCGAGCGCUCGUACGGCCACACUUAUCUUCGACGCCGCACUCGAAUUGACAUCUUCCUGGGUGGCGUUGAUGACCAAGGGCCCAUCAUUGAUCUUUUGCACUACGGUCACACGAUGCGCGAUUCCAACGGCGCCUUCACGUCGCGUCGCACCUUGUACGACCCCAUCCUCACGUCCACCUUCCAGGAACGUCCUCCAGGCGAGAUUGCCACGAGUCAGACGGCGGUGCUGGUCAAGUCUGAAUCCUCAACCGAUUUCUCGCACGACACCGCUCUCGGUCCGAUCGAGCGCUCGGCAUCGUUUUCCACGCUGGGCGCGCCUCAAGCGUCUCCCAUGUUUGACAAGCAGAAUGUUCCGCUCUCCCUCUCGUCCUUCCGGCUGCAAAUCGCAAGCAACCAGCCGCAGACCGAUCUCGUCAUGAUCGACUUGCCGAUUGUCGAGCCAAGUGCAGCUCAUCACAUGUACUACUGUGAAGACAUUGCGACAAUGCAGCUUCGUAUCGACGUCAUUUCGCAGGCUGACGACACGCUCAUUGGUCGUGGCUUUAUUCUCGCGUCGACGUUGGCUCGUCUCCGUGGCGAGACGCGUUGUGCGCUCUUCUCGCCGUCGAUGCAGCUGAUCGGCACGGUGCUCAUCACCUUCCUGAUUGUCAAGCCUCUGCACCAUCCCCGUGUUGCCGUUGGUAGCAAUACGUACUGGAAGUUGACCGAGAGCCUACCCAUCAUUGGUCACCGUGGCGUUGGUGCUGGUGGUGCUGCCAAGACGGGCGACUUUCAUCGCACUCACAUCAAGGAAAACACCGUCCUUUCGUUUGUGACGGCGGCUUCUCUUGGCGCACAAUACGUUGAAUUCGAUGUGCAAAUGACUAAAGAUGGCGUGCCCGUCAUUUACCACGACUGGACUGUGAAGGAGACGGGUUACAACCUUCCAGUUUGUCGCCUGAGCCUCGAAAAGUUUACGAGCAUCUAUCACGCGCAAGGCGGCCGCAGCAAGGACCGUCGCCUUGUGCGCUCGAAGAGCUUUGAUGCCGCCGAUAUUGUCUCAGCGCGUCCCCUCCAAGCAGGCAGCGGAGUGACGCACGACGUUGCGCACGACAUUAUGAACAGCCCGAAGUCCAGCGCUCGACCUGUCCGUCACAAGCGUGACAACGACUACCAGGCCAUGCUCGAGUCUGCCAUCAAGCUGCAAAUUGGUGAUGAGGGAGUCGCAGCUCCCUUCCCGACGCUUGAGGAUGCUCUGAAGAAUGUGCCGAUCACUCUUGGCUUCAAUGUCGAGGUCAAGUAUCCUCUUCGUGAGGAGCGAGAAGAGUUUGACUUGCAGAUGAUGGAACUCAACAACUUUAUCGACCGCAUUCUGACCUGCGUGUAUGACAAUGCUGGCGAGCGGCCCAUCAUCUUUUCUUCCUUCCACCCGGAGACUUGUCUCAUGCUCUCGCUCAAGCAACCCAACUACCCGGUGUUCUUCUUGACAUCGGCUGGUUGGGAUAACGAGCGGUUUAGCGAUCCCCGUUGCAACUCGAUUUACUGGGCCAUUCACUUUGCCAAAGCGGCCAACCUGCUCGGCAUUGUCUCGCAGUCUGCGCCAUUCUUGGAGUGUCCCGAGCUGGUGCACGCUGUAAAAUCCAGCGGAUUGCUGCUGCUUACGUGGGGCCGUGGCAACAACGACGUGACAAAUGUGCAGCUGCAGCGUGAUUACGGCGUGGAUGCGGUCAUUCUGGACCAUGUUGCUCACGUGCGCUCUGGCCUCCAAGCCGCUACUGCUGUGCAUGCUGCAACUGCAGUUCCCGAGUAGACUGUUUGAACGUUUUUUGGGGUUGAUUAUCAUUUCUUGAGGAUUUGAAUCGCAUGCAAUGUCAACAGAAAUUGUCAAAGCACUUUCCUUCUUGGAUUUGGAGGACAGUAAAUUUUUCAAAUUGAUUGGGGAAACAAACAUACAAACAAACAAACAAACACGCGAAAAAAAAAG